AUGGCGGACGAAAGGAUAACGAGCACGGUCAUGUUUGCUUCGUUGACGGGCUCAUUGCACGUGUUCUGGCCCACGGCCCGCUGCCAAGAAAACCUCGCAGAUAUUUACCACGAAUGUAGCAGCCCUUGCGUCCUCACGGCUCUCUUCGCCGUCUCCGGCGGCGUCUCGGCCGCUCCCGUCAGCAGCAGCACGCCGGUCGAGGUCAACACCCGCGGCGUUUUCGGCGACGGCAGCCAGCGCCUCGGCAGCGACAUCCAGAACCUGGCCAACAACGCCGGCACCAUGAUGGAAAAGGGCGGCGCGGCGCUCUCCAGCGCCGUCGUCCAGGCCGGCCAGGGCGCCGACAAGGCCGUCAGCGACACCCAGGCCGUGGUGCAGCAGGCCGGCCAGGACACGCAAAGGGUCGGCCAGGACGUGCAAAAGGCCGGCCAGCAGGUCGCCGCCAACGUUCAGGGCAUGGCGCAGCAGGUCGGCAGCGAGGUCCAGGGCAUGGCGCAGCAGGUCGGCAACGACGUCCAGGGCGUGGCCACCGCGGCUGGUCACUUGGCCAAGGGCGCCAGCAACGUCAUGAACGGCAUCGGAAAGGGACUGGCCAGCUGUGCCAGUGGCGAGAACCCCGCUUGCAACAAGUGA